AUGGCGUCAACGAGUCAACGAUCUCUCCUCCUCUUCAUCGCGCUCCUCUCCCUCUUCGCAAUCUCCGCCACCGCAUCAAGGCCCUGUAAAACCCUCUUCGUUUCCUCCUACUCCUUCUCCCUCCGCCGCCUCCCCUCAUCCUCUUCCUCCUCCGGCUUCGUCACCAUCGUCACCGAGAUCAGCCAGAUCCGCCCCGUCCACCUCCACCCCGCCCGAUUCGACGAUGGCUUCGUCCCACACCCUCACCACGACGCUGCCAGCGAGAAGCGAACUCAGACGGCGCCGCUCUUUCCCGUUAUAGGAACGGACUCGGGGUCUUCCUCCUACGACCUCAGCUCCCUCCGCGAUCGCACCAAGGACAUCCUGAGCGUCGUCGUUUCGCUACUCUUUGGCGUCGGCUGCGGCGCUCUCACCGCCGCCAUCAUGUUCCUGGCUUGGUCCGUCUUCAUCAGUCGCCACGACAGCGGCUCCAGCUCUUCCGAUGACGAUUUCGAAGACUUCAACCCGAAGAAGAUGGGGUAUGUCAAGAUUCCGGAGGUGACCGCUGACUCCGUUUCCCCACCACCGUCGACAGUCAAGGAAGCCACCGCUGUGUGA